UUCCAGUUUUGGGAUGUGUUGGACAAUUUGAAAAUGGGCUGUUUGUUUUAACUCAUUGUCACUUCAAGAACUAUGUACUAUAAAUAAUUAUCUCUAACAAAGAAGCAAUCAUUCAUAAAAAAAAUGGGUUCAGAUUCUCAUUACCAAAUUCCGACCAUAGACCUCUCAACCAGUUCAGCUAAACUGGCCCGUGGAACUGAAAAGUGGUUCAGUUUGUGCAAGAGGGUUCGGGAGGCUUGUGAAAAUUAUGGAUUUUUUGAAUUAGUAUAUGAUAAAAUACCACUGGAGUUAUCAGCAGAGUCUUUCUCUGUGACAAGGGAAUUUUUCAGCCUUCCACUUGAGACAAAGAAACAAGAUGUCAAUCCAAAGUCGUUCCAUGGCUAUUAUGGACAGCACCCCGUUGCUCCCUUGUACGAGAGCUUUGCUAUUGAAGAUGCCUCCAACUAUGAAUCCCUUACAAGCUUCACAGAAAAAAUGUGGCCUGAUGGUCAUGAUCAGUUCCUUAACACUGUGAUUGGAAUGGUGAACAAGCUGGAUGAGCUGCAUGAGAUGAUUGAAAUGAUGAUUCUUGAUAGCUAUGGUUUGGGAGAAAAUCAAGAUUCAAUCAUGGCAUGCGAGACGAAGCUGAGAGUAUCGAGAUACGGUUUACCUCCAUCAGGGGAGUAUGUGAAUGGCCUCAAUGCUCACACUGACAAACAAUUAACUGCAAUACUUUGUGACGAUCAAGUUUCAGGUCUUGAAUUUGAAACUAAAGACAAAUCACAAUGGAUCAAGUUAUCUCUGCCUCCUAGUUCCUUUGUCUUCAUUGUUGGAGAUUCUCUUAUGGCCUGGAGUAAUGGAAGAAUGCAUUCUGCAAAGCAUCGAGUGAUGAUGUGUGGAGAAAAAGAACGAUAUUCGUUAGGAGUAUUUGCAAUUCCAGUAGAGGGUACCAUCAUCAAGGCACCAAAGGAGCUAGUGGAUGAAGAACAUCCACAACUCUUUAAAGACUUUGAGUAUAUGGAUUUCACCAAGUAUAGCACUUCAGAGGAAGCAAUGGCUGCCGCGGAGUCAGCUAUGCAUAUUUGGUCUUUUGCAGGAAUCAGUAGCUGAUCGACUUGCUAUCUAGCUCUCUCCACAACUUUGUAUAUAUCUGCGACAAAUAAAGAUGCGUGAUAAACACCCGAAAACCCUAUAAUUAGGAGGUGUUAUGCGGUUGGUGC